GAGCGGAGGACACGCCCCCCGCCGCGGGCCGCGCUAUUGUCCGGCGGGACCGGGAUUGGGAUCGGGAUCGGAUCAGGAUCGGGACCGCGAUCAGGAUCAGGAUCAGAAUCGGGAUCGGGACAGGGACCCCCAGCGCCUCCCGGGCUCUCCCUGCAGGACGCGGUGGCGAUGUUGUGACCUACAUUCGUGACAAGGAGGUCCCCAGCCCGCCGCCACCAUCGGGCCAUGAAGCGGCACAAGUGACAGGCCCGCCGUGCCCGCGGCCAUGGCCAGCCCGGCACCAUGGCUGCACUGCACACAAACAGAGCUGACGCCCUGGGAGGGAGAGGACGAGGAGGAGGAGGAGGAGGAAGACGACUUUGAGAGGCGGAUGGACGAGGACGGGGUCAUCGGCCUGGGGGAGGGUGCCAGGAGCCCACCGUGGGGUGCCGGGGAGGACCCGGAGGAGGGGUCCCCGCUGGAGGAGGGUCGCUGGCACCCGCAGCAGGACCUGGCGGAGGAGGACGAGGAGCGGGGCAGCUCCGGGGGGGACGAGGGGCCCUGGGGGGCAGAGAGUGACGGGGAGCCCUACCCCGAGCUCUCCUGCGAGGGUCGGUGGGGCUCGGGCACGGAUGGUGGGGACACCUCGGCGCUGUCGGACACCAGCCCUGGCCCUGCCACCCCAUCCCGCCGGCCCCGGGGCUGGGGCACAGCCGGGGGCACCUCUGGAGGGCACGGGCAGGGGUGGACCCCGAGGCGGAGCCUUCCACUACCUCUCUCCACCGACGACCCCCGCGAUGCCACCAGCCCCGAGCCUGUCCCCAAGCCCCAAACAGCCCCUGGCACCACUGGCUUGGCAUCCCCGGAGGAGCCCCAGGGCGCUGGGAACCCCCCAGCACCCCAACUGCACGACAGGUCCCGGGUGCCCAAAAAACCGGCACCCACGGUGGUGCCCCCCAAGCCCUCCCGGCAGUCGCGGUCCCUGAGCCCCCGGCGGGGAACAGGAGGCAAGGGGCACAGGGAUCCCUCGGGAACGGGCACGGAUGGCACCCAGUACGGCCGCGGGCGCCUCAACCACCCCCUGCCCGACCUGUCCAAGGUGGAGGCGCGGGUGAAGUUCGACCAGAGCUACCGCCCCCCCCGGGGCCGGGUCCUGCCCGCCCGCCCCAGGGUGCCCGGUGGUCCCGUUGGCUUCAAGUCCCCGGCCGAAAUCGUGCGGGAGGUGCUGCUGAGCAGCGGGGAGGGGGUCCCCCCGCAGCCCCCCAGCACCGCCGGGCUGCCACAGGAGUUCAGGUCCCCCAAACAAGCUACCGCGCUGGUACAGCAGCUCCAGGACGACUACCACAAGCUGCUGACCAAGUACGCCGAGGCUGAGAACACCAUCGACCAGCUGCGCCUGGGGGCCAGGGUGAGCCUGUUCUCGGACCCGCCCCAGCCCAGCCGCAGCCUGGCCGUGGGCACCGUGGGCACCGGCUGCCGUGUGAUGACCCUCAGCAUCCCACAAGCCCGGACGGCAGCUCUUGGCACGGCCACGGCCACAGCCUCCACCUCGCCAGCUGGAGCUCCAGCACCGGGACCAUCAGAUCGGGGGGGUUCACCCCACCCCCGAUCCCCCCCUCCGCCCGGGGGGGGCUGCCCCAGCUGCCCCGGGCCGUGCUGCUGCCCCGGCCCCCGGCUCACCCGGGCACUGGCGGGGCAGAGCCGCAGGCUGCAGGCACAGGUGGAGUCCUUCGAAAGGUGGAUCCGUGCGGGGAGCCUCCCACCCUCGGAGCAGCUCCAGAGGAUGAGGCUGCUGAAGGACGCGCAGGAUGCGCUGGAGCGGGAAUACCUGCGGGGCCGGCAGCAGCUCCCGGGGGCUGCGGGGGGGUUUGAUCCUGACAGGGCGGUAGAAGAGGAGAUUUACCGCCUGGGGCUGCGCCUGGAGGGGCUGAAGGAGCGGCUGGAGCCGGGGGACAGGCGGCAGCCCCCCCUACAGUCCCCUCUGCAGCCCCUCCCGCAGCCCCGCUGCCCCCCAGCCCCAUCUCCACCGCCGGCCCCCCACUCCCCAUGCCCCGAGAGCCCCGCGCUGGUGGACGGUGCCCUGGGGACAGCGGGGGACAACGAGGGAGUGAGGGGGGGGCUGCUCUGGCCCCUCUGGCACAAGCAGCUCCGAGUGGAGGAGGAUUUCGCGGACCUGCUGGAGCAGUACAAGCACUUCAAGUCCCUGCCGCAAUCACUGAGUCUGGAGCAGCUGAGCCUGGCGGGAAGCGGGUCCCAGGAGGAGGUGGAUGCGCCUGUAGCAGGGGACGGUGGCCCCGGCAAGGUCCCCUGCAGGACACGGUCACUGGAGGAGGGGGCUGACCUGGAGACCUUCCCCGUGCAUCCCCCGGAGAGAAAAGCUGCACUGCUGCCCUCCAAGGGACCCCCAAAAGCAGAGGGGCCACGGGGCCACCCAUCCCCUGCCACCUCUGAGGAGCCACCAGCCACUGCCAAGCCCCACCUGGUGGCCCCGGGACCACCACGGGCGCCGCUGUCCCGCCGCAGCAGCGGGACGGGCAGCGCUGCCCCCCAGCACGGGCCCCGCAAGGUGAAUCCCCUGGGUGCCCCCCUGCCAGCACCCCCAGACCCUGCCGGGGGUCCUGGGGUGCUCAGCACCGAUCCUGCUGUCCCCGCGUCCCUGCGGGAGCAGCGCAUCGUGUCACCGGAGACGGACAGCGGCUUCGUGGGCUCGGAGGCCAGCAGGGUGUCACCCCCCGUGCACACCCCCGAGCACCGCCCCCCUGGCACCGGGGUCCCCGGCUCGCUGGGACCCUCCAUCCCCAUCCCCACAACCCUCCGUGCCCCACGGAAGAGAGAGACGACCCCGCUUCCCUCCGAGACAGCACUGAUGGGCAUCUACCCCGCGGACGGGCAGGGGGGCACGGAGGGGCCCUGCCUGCCCCCCAGCACCCCCUCGCAGAGCAGUUCCACCCCUCGCUGGGCCGAGAGCGCGGGCAGCGAGGCGGGGCCCGACCCCGGCGGCGACGGAGCUCACACGGACUCGGAGGUGGGAGACAGGAGCUGUGCCAGCACCAGUGGACACCCCCCAGCCAUGGCCAGGAGGGUCCCUCCAUCCCCAGCCCCAACCAGCCCCCCACCAUCCCCUGAAACGCCGUCCCCCACCCUCCUGUCCCCCGACCUGCCGUCCCUCACCCCGGCUCACUGUGACCUGCUGGGCUCCCGCCUGGAGCGCGACCAGGCCAUCCGGGAGCUGCGGGAGGAGGUGUGGCGGCUGCGGCGGCGGCUGGAGGAGACCCUGCACCGCUCCCGCAGCUAUCCCGAGGGAAAAGCCACUCCCCGUGUCGCCCCGGCCAGGAGGCAGCCCGUGGGCAGCGCACCAUCGUCCCCCCAGGACGCAGCACCCUCGGGGGAGCUGAGCCCCCCGGCGCGGGGCAGGGUGGCCCCCGGGGUCGCACCCACGCGGAGGGGCAGGUCGGCAUCGCUGCCACGGGACAGGCCGGAGCUGGACCUCACCUCCGAGUCGGACCCCUCUCCCGCCGGGCCCCGGGCACGCCCCUCCCUGCGGAAGCACCCUGGGAGCCCCCCGGGAGCGGUGACAUUCCGGGGACAGUACACAGGGACACGGUACCAGGGGGGGACACCACGUGCUGCCCCAGCACCCCGAGAGGAGCCGGGCACCCCGGGGUGCCCUCGAUGUCGCAGGAGCGGGACAUCAUCGGGUGGAUUCUGGGUGGGUGAUGCCACCCAGCAGCCCCAGCACAGCACCCCAAGGAGGACACGCUGCCCCACUUGCCGGGCGCCCCUGGGCCCCCCCGUGCCAGGCAGCAGGGACAGAGCCACGCACGCAGAGCGUGGCCCCGGUGCCACAUCGUCCCCAGGCUCCCACGUUGGUCCCCGAGCCGAGAAGCCGGAUCAGCCCGGAUUUUGGUACCUGGCAGCCGGUCCUGCUGCCACCGUCUGCCUCGCCCCCGUCCCCCUCGUGCCUUACGUGCCCUCCGUGCUCUACUGCUCCCCAGCCGUACCUACCUCAGCCCCCGCCACGGCCGCGGCCACCCCGCGCCUCACCGGGGGAAACCGGCGGGCACAGAGACCCUCCCGGGCACAGCCCCGCCACCACUGCCUCAGCCUGGACCUGCAGGAGCUAGACGAGCUCAACUGGUCCCUGAGCCGGGCCGUGGAGGCUGCCCAGAGCGUCAGGGUGACCACCACCCGCAUGAGUCGGGCACUGGCCGCUGAGCUGGGCCGGGCACGGGAUCUGCGCAGCUCCUGCCUCUUCUGAGGGUCCCACGGGACCUGAGGGGCUCCUGCCUCUUCUGAGGGUCCCCCUGGCACCUUCCAAACCAUCCCUGCCCUCGCAGCAGGCAGGGAUGAUGAGGAGGAGGAUGGUCCCCCACUAUCAACAUCCCAGCACUGGGUGCUCCCAGUGCCAGAUCCGGGGGCACCGGGGCUGGAGGUAUCUCCGGGGGGUCCUACCCUGACUCCCACCCCUUCCUGCUUGCCUUGGAGUUCCUGCAUCGCUUGUCUGUCUGUCUGUCUGUUUUCAGGACCACUCAAGCUGCAGGAGGGGGGAAGGUGUGGGCAGGGGUCCCCUGGGACCUGCAGCACCCUGAGGAAUGAGCACCAUCCCCUGGGACCAAGGGGGUGGCCCCGUGUCCCCCCCUAAGGCAGUGGCCACCCCAACCUAAGCACUUCUGGGGCUGCUGUGACCUGGUGUAGGUCCUGCACAGGUCGAGCCCCCCUUGGCAGCUGUGUUUACCUCUGUGCCUGCAUGGGCAGAAAUACCUGUGAUUCCCUAUUCCACCCCUUUCCCAGAUUUUAGGCCUCCUGGGGGGGCUCAACCCACGUGUCCCCCUCCUGCUCUGCCCUUGGACUUGAACCCAGCGGGAUCCUUUCUGGGGAAACCCUUCUUUGUGUGGGAUUUUUGUGAUUUAUUUUUUCCCCAAGACAGCCAGUAAGCAGCUAAACCACUCUUUGAGGGUUGAUUGAUAUAUAAUGUGUGUGUCUAUAUAUAUGUAUCUAUAUAUGGAUAUAUCUAGACAGAGAUAAAUCCAUGUCUAUCUAUAUUUAGAUAUAUAUCUCUAGA